AUGUCCGACCCCCAGGCGCUUGUACAGAAAGCCAGAAAGAAGGCUCAACCCUCGUCCGGGUUUUUCAAGCUCUUCGGCGCCUCCGACUCCUACAAGUUCGAGGAGGCCGCAGACCUCUUCGUCGAGGCCGCCAACCUCUACAAGCUGCGCCGCGAGCUCGAGCCCGCCGGCGAGCUCUUCCUCGAAGCCGCGUCCUGCCAGAUCAAGGCCGGCAACGACGACGAGGCCGGCAACACCUACGUCGAGGCCUUCAAGGCCUUUAAGGCCGGCGCGUCGCCCUCCAAGGCCUGCGACGCGCUGAACCGCGCCAUCGAGAUCUUCACCCGCAGGGGCCAGUUCCGUAGGGGCGCCAACUUCAAGUUCGAGCUCGCCGAGAUCCUCGAGUCUGACCUCCACGACUUCCCGCACGCCAUCGACGCCUACGAGGCCGCCGCCGACUGGUACGCCCAGGACCAAGCGCUCGCGCUCGCCAACAAGGCCUACCUCAAGUGCGCGGACCUCAAGGCCCUCGACGCCCGCUAUAUCGAGGCCUGCGACGUCUACCGCAAGGUCAUCGCCAACUCCGUUGGCAACAAGCUCAGCCAGUGGUCCCUCAAGGACUACUACCUCAAGACCGCACUCUGCUACCUCGCGGCCGACGACCAGGUCGCCGCGCGCCGCACCGAAAGUGAGGCCCUCGCGGAGGACUCCAACUUCGCGGGCUCGCGUGAGCACGACCUGCUAGCCGCCUUGCUGGAGGCGUGCUCCGAGGGCGACGCCGAGAAGCUCAGCGCCAAGGUUUACGAGUUCGACCGCUUUUCCAAGCUCGACAAGUGGAAGACCACCAUCCUGCUCAAGAUCAAGGACACCAUCGCCACCGCCGACGACGAUCUGUUGUAG